AUGCGGCGAAGGCCGCGUUAUGAAGCGCCACCGUUGAGGUACGAGCGAUUAACGCGCAAGAAGAAAUUCCCCUCGGAUCCAUCUUGCUGUCCUGUAUGCGGAGUGACAGUGAGACCUCAAGAAUUGGAGCAACACUUUGCUCAAGAACUCGAUCGAUUGUACAAGGUCUCCUCGGCAUCUUCGAGACCACGACCCUCGAGGUCGACCUUACCGCCGACGCAUCCCCAAGAUCAUUCCCAUGGCACGAUGCUCCACGCCCCAUCGGCAGCGGAUGGCACCCCUCAGGGUAGAUGGGAGACGUACAAAAGGAUCAAGGCCAAUAGACAAGCUAGAAUACGCGUUAAGAAUCGAAAGCGAAAAGCGGACGAGGCGUCCUGUCCGGUUUGUAGCGAGAGACUGUCAGGCACUCCGGAGGAAUUGAAUCAACACGUCGACCGAUGCCUGAACAAACAGAACAAUGGGAACCCAGCCGGGCAGAACGCGAACGUCGACGAGGAAGAAGUCGACGUUGAGGGUGACCCCGAGUACGAGGAGUACGAAUGGGCCGGGCAGACGAGAGUGCGUGCCACUUCCAUGCUCGUUGGUGGGUUUUCCGCCGCAGGUCUCGCCACAUCCUCGAACAACCGUAGCGGUGCCAGGGGUGGAGGUAAUCAGGAGGACGAAGACGUCGACCUGGUGGUCGAUGGCGACGACGCCGCCGAGUUCGGUCCGGCUCAGUAUUCCGAAGCGGACGUGGUCGCGCCGCGAGUCGACGGCACGCCGCGAGAACAGAAGGAACGGGACGCGCUUCGCGAGGCCGUUAUCUCGCCGAACGCGCCGCACACCCCGCAGCAACUAACCCCUGACUCCGGGCUGACGGCGCAGGGCCUGGUCGAGGUGAAGCCGGAGCCAGGCGCCGCAACGGCCGUCGCCCAGCAAAACGAUCCCGACGAGGGUGCUUCCGGGUCGCCUAGGAGAGACGGCGACACGCCCGUCGUCGAGGCUCUUCGGGGCCGCAUCCGUGAACUCGAGGCUGAGAUGCGCGGACAGCCCUUCAAGUGUCUCAUUUGCAUGGGUGCGAAGAAACUUUGUCCGCAAUGCAACAUGAUAACGUCACCAUCCGACCUGCGACGCAUCUACAUGUGA